AUGAACUUUUUCACCGGCGAUGCCAUGAUUAUGCCUCUUGAAAUUAGAAGGGGCUUCGAUGCCGACGAGGAGGACGAGUCCUUCGACUCCCUGGAGUUCUCCGAUCUCCGAUCCCCUCCCCUGACUCAGUCCGAAUCGCGUGUCCCGACUCCGGAUCCGAAUCCGAUUCGCGACUCGGACCUCCCGACUCCCUCUCAGGAUCCUCUCAAGCCCUCUUCCACGAGCUUUGAUUUCUGGGACGAGGACGAAUUCGAGGGCCUUCCCGUCGUGGAGCAACCGGCGGACCCCAUCGAAGUUCCCCAAGAUGCCGCUGGGCCUAUCAACCCCAGCCCGGACCUCAAGCCGGCGUCGAAAGAUAAGCCGACUCCGAGAUCUUAUACCGUGGAGAUUGCGUGCGUAAGUUUCUUGGUGAUGUUCGGGAUCAUUUUUACCGGGAAGCGCGAGAAUGAGAACAUUGCGCUUGCUUGGGCGACCAAGUUUGCGACGAAGGAUUCCAUUUUCGAGAAGAAUUUCAGCUUGUUGGGUGUUGGGGAAGGAGAUGACUCGCCCCUUUUGCUCAAAGAAGGGCAGAAUGUAUUCAAGUUCUACGCGAGUGGGCGAAGGUUUUGCCAAGGUCUAUUGGCGACUAUGGAGUUGAAGAGCAGGCAUGAUUUGAUAUCGAGGAUGUACAAUCUGAUUGUGCCAUGCCGUGAUGAGAUUACUUUUGAGGUCUACAUGAAUGAUGAUGCCAUGGAUCAUGUGAUUUUUGCUGUGGCAAAGAAGAAGGCAGCUAAAGGGAUGCAGAAAGAAGUGAGGGACUUGCAGAGAUUUGCGGGAAUGUUAUCACCUCCUGGCGGGAGGAAGUGGGUUGCUGAUGAGUUGGCAGUUAUUUCAGAGUCCAAGGAGGUUGCUGGGGAUUUGAUAACAGAGGCGGUGCUUGAUCAGGUACUGGGGGAUAAGGCUUUUGAAAAAUUUGGAAAGGGUUUCAUCUCCAUGCAUUUCUCUGAUCAGCACUCUGCUGCUCACAAGAAGGUGCUAUUGUUUAAGUUUGCUCUCCCAGGCCAACACAUGGCGGAUAUGACCCGUUUGGUGGCUCUUAUACCAUAUUACAUCGAUCUAGUCGGGCGUUACAAGCUUAGUUCUCAGGCACGGACCAAAACUGAAGCUGCCAGAUCAAAGGCUUUCCAAGAGGCAUAUAAAGAACUCCAUAAUGCCAGGCAAGAAGCCAUACAGAAAAAGAAGGCAGAGAAAAAGAGGAUGUCGGAAGAGACUGAAGCAAAACUUAGUGCAGAGUCUCUUCGGAAGAAAGAAGCUAAGGAGCGUGCUCGCCAAAUGAAGAAAGCAAUGCCAAAGAUGAAGAUGACCCGCGCUCACUAGAUUCUUGAGCCAAUCAAUCAUCGGUCUACGAGUUCGCUAUAGUUCCUGGAGCAUUUUCUUUAAGCCCUAAUCUGUUGCUGUCCUGUACUCUAGUCUCUCAUUUUAGCCGUCUUUUCGCUUUCCCUUUGGAUCCAAAGGUAUCAGGAUUUUAUGCUUUGAAAGUUAGUGGAGUAAUUUCCUAGGUGCGGACACUUUUGAAACGGGUCUGUUUAUUUCGUGUAAACUGCUUUUUGGUCUUAGAAGAUAUUUUGCUAAAAAUAAUUUUGAAAGAUAGACA